CUGCGCCUGUGCCUCGGGAAUCCAGGCUGGGGCAUUCUCCAACCCCCUCGCUGGAAGCCUUCACUAUUCUCCUCCCUGUGGGUGGAGCGAAGUUUGGGCACUUGGGUCCUACCGUUGUUAUUAGUCUUUAGUCGUAAUUAAUAUUAAAUAACAAAAUUAAAUGGGUUUAUUUUUAGUGAAAAGUUAAUUCUCCUUGUUUUUGGCUUUGCCCCUCGUGCACCAAAUGGUACAGUCCCACACCAGCCACCCUCCCUACCCAACACCCCUGGCGCCUGCGACGGAGAGGCGCCUUCCGUGCUGUCGUCAUCACGUCGGCCGGAGCUAGCGCUCCGUCCUGGGCCACGCCUCCCGGCGCAACGCCGCUCCUCCCCGGUUACUAAGCGGCCUUGGAUACCUGGCCGCGGGAUGCUGGGCGGCGUCAGGUAACCAUGGAGAAAGAGCUGCGGAGCACCAUUGUUUUCAAUGCCUACAAAAAGGAAAUAUUUACCACCAACAACGGCUAUAAAUCCAUGCAGAAAAAACUUCGGAGUAAUUGGAAGAUUCAGAGCUUAAAAGAUGAAAUCACAUCUGAGAAGUUAAAUGGAGUGAAACUGUGGAUUACAGCUGGGCCAAGGGAAAAAUUUACUGCAGCUGAGUUUGAAAUCCUGAAGAAAUAUCUUGACAGCGGUGGAGAUGUCCUUGUGAUGCUAGGAGAAGGUGGAGAAUCCAGAUUUGACACCAAUAUUAACUUUUUACUGGAAGAAUAUGGAAUCAUGGUUAAUAAUGAUGCUGUGGUUAGAAAUGUAUAUCACAAAUAUUUCCAUCCUAAAGAAGCUCUAGUUUCCAGUGGAGUCUUGAACAGGGAAAUUAGCCGAGCUGCAGGAAAGGCUGUGCCUGGGAUCAUUGAUGAGGAAAGCAGUGGAAACAAUGCCCAGGCUCUCACCUUUGUGUAUCCUUUUGGUGCCACAUUGAGUGUCAUGAAACCAGCAGUGGCUGUUCUGUCUACAGGUUCUGUCUGCUUCCCACUUAACAGACCCAUUCUGGCUUUCUAUCACUCAAAGGUACAGCCUUUCUUAAAUGUGGGUGGGAAGCUGGCAGUGCUUGGUUCAUGUCACAUGUUCAGUGAUCAAUAUUUGGACAAAGAAGAAAACAGCAAAAUCAUGGAUGUUGUUUUCCAGUGGCUCACAACAGGAGACAUCCACCUAAACCAGAUUGAUGCCGAAGACCCAGAGAUUUCUGAUUACAUGAUGCUGCCCUACACAGCCACCCUAUCAAAGCGGAAUCGAGAGUGUCUCCAGGAGAGCGAUGAGAUCCCGAGGGACUUUACUACCCUCUUUGACCUGUCCAUCUUCCAGCUGGAUACCACCUCCUUCCACAGUGUCAUCGAGGCUCACAAGCAGCUAAAUGUGAAGCAUGAACCGCUCCAGCUCAUCCAGCCUCAGUUUGAGACGCCUCUGCCAACCCUUCAGCCUGCGGUUUUUCCUCCCAGUUUCCGGGAGUUACCACCUCCACCUCUGGAGCUAUUUGAUUUAGAUGAAACAUUCUCCUCUGAGAAGGCACGGCUGGCUCAGAUUACCAAUAAGUGUACUGAAGAAGACCUGGAAUUCUAUGUCAGGAAGUGUGGUGACAUUCUUGGAGUAACCAGUAAACUACCAAAGGACCAACAGGAUGCCAAACAUAUCCUUGAGCACGUCUUCUUCCAAGUGGUGGAGUUCAAGAAAUUGAACCAGGAACAUGACAUCGAUACAAGUGAAACAGCAUUCCAGAACAAUUUCUGAAGACCAUGCCUCUUGAAGCUUUUUCUGCCUCCUGAUUCUCUCUUUAUAAACUAUUUUCAAAUUGUUCCUCAACUUCUUAUCAAAAUUGUUUAUACACUCUUUCCUCCAUGAGCUAUGAAAGGUAUAUGCAUCUUCUAUAAUACCCAGAUAGGUGUAAGAUUUUUCACAAAAUCCUUAUGUAAGAUACAUUCCAUUUUUAAAAAUUAAAUGUAUGGUUGCAUCUGUCUUUUUAUACCCUA